CGGUGCAUGAUAGGAGGAGUGUGUUACAGGUUUGCGGUUCGGUAAGAAGUCGAAUUCUCCAGAAUAAACCCUAAAAACCAAAUCAAGAUAGUGCGAAUCUGCGGAAUCCCGUGGAUGCAUCAGCACCUCAAUGAUGACAGAUCUUCCGCCGGAAGUAAUUACCGACAUAGUCGCUCGUUUGCCGGUGAAGACGCUCCUCCGCUUGCGCGUCACCUGCAAGUGGUGGCGCUCCCUAAUCGACUCCACUCACUUCAUCUUCUUCCACAUCUGCAAAUCCAUCCAUAACAACAAUUCCAAUACCGCUCUCAUUCUCCGACACCACUCCCACCUAUACCAGGUGGACCUCCACGCGCUUGAUCAAGCCGUGGAGCUCAACCACCCUCUCAUGUGUUACAGCGGCAGCAUCAACGUCUUGGGUUCCUGCAACGGCCUUCUCUGCAUCUCCAACAUCGCCGACGACUUCGCCCUCUGGAACCCUUCCCUCCGAAAGCAUCGGAUUCUCCCCGCCGAUCGACUCAACCACGCCGAAUCCUCUCUCUUCGCGGCUCGAGUAUACGGCUUCGGCUACGACUCCUUCACUAACGAUUACAAAGUCGUGAGCAUUUCCUACUUCGUCGAUCUCCACAAGCGCACCUUCAAUUCUCUGGUUCAGCUUUACAGCAUGAGAUCCGAUGCGUGGAAAGACCUUCCCAGCAUGCCUUACGCGCUCUGUUGUGCACGAACAAUGGGCGUUCUCGUUGGCGGCGCUUUGCACUGGGUCGUUACUCGGAAACUCGAACCGGAUCAGCCGGAUUUGAUCGUCGCAUUUGACCUAAGGUUCGAGAAGUUUCGAGAAGUUCCGCUACCUGUGUCCGUGAAGGGGAAUUUCGAAAUGGACGUGGCAGUGUUAGGAGGGUGUCUUUGCAUGGUGGAGGAUAGAGGAAGAAGUGGGUUUGAUGUAUGGGUUAUGAGAGUUUAUGGAUCGCAAGAGUCGUGGUGUAAAGUGUUUACGGUGACAGAGAGCUAUGACAAGAGAUCCAUAAAAUCUUUGAAGCCUUUGGGUUUUUCGAGUGAUGGGGACAGGGUUCUGUUUGAACAAGAUCGUCGCAAGCUCUGUUGGUAUAACCUGAAAAGUGAAGAUGUGAGUUACGUGAAAAUAUCGGGAAUGCCUAAUUCAAUUGAAGCCACGGUUUGUGUGGGAAGCCUUGUCCCACCAACUUUACUGAACCAACGUGAUGAGAGCAAGUGCCAGGGACUGAGAGAUCAAAAGUCUAGGAAGAAAAGGGAUGACUUCUUGUCUCAGGGGUUCAAAUUGACGUUGUAGGCGAGCAAAGAAGAGAUUGAAUGGCCGAAGGUGCUCGAGUUCACGAUAUUCAAGAUCAAGAAAAGGAAUUGAAAAUAGAUGCUGCUUCAUUCUGUUUGUUACAUUAGAAAUUGUUCAUCCAACCAAAGAGCAAAUGCGCCAUAUUUCGUUUUGUUUGUUAUUGUACUAAGUUGAUAUACUCCAAGGCUCCUAAUGUUGAAACUGGAGUUCUGAUUGUCCCAUUGGGUGGUUAUGCAUGCAUGUAUGUACUUUAAUGGUUGUAGCCAUCCUUAUACAAACCACUAUGAUGUAUAAAUCUCAGACGUUUUAAAGCUGUAUGACAAGAGGACCAUCAUUUACACGCUAGUAAUCUUUCACGAAUUUG